AUGCCUCACAACUUGCACGAGAGCUCACGCAUUCACUUUUCCUUGCGCAUUCAAGGUGUUCAAAUCCUCAUGAGCACCGUGACCUCUGCCAUAAGCGAGGUAGCUGAGAUCUUCGACGGACGUGGUGCCUUUAUUUAUGUCCAAAGGCAAGGUCGUGCCAGCCCGGCUUUUGAUAUAGUUGCUGCCAGUGAAGUCAGAACCUUUGGCACCCCAUACCACCGACGCCCGACGACUGGAAUCUUCCUGGUCAUGGAUGACUUCAAUGGCAAUGACUCACUGCUCACUCGCACCAUCCGUACGAUUGCAUUUGAUACCCAAGUUGUAACUGUCUACACGGAGAGUGUUCAGUUGGCCCAAUACCUUGCAUCGGAGGCGAGCAGGCUGUGUGAAGUCCACCCAAUCAGCGGGACCUCCUAG